AUGGCUGGCGACUCGCUUUUGAAACGUUGGCGGAAUCAAUUAAAAUCUAGUAAAGGAAAUCCGGCAGCAUUGGAGACGCGAGAGGACUCUCAACAUAGCCUGAUCGCUACAUCUGUCGCACUACAGGUAAAUAUCCCCACCAUAUGCAAUUGCCAUGACGUAUCCCAAGAGGGGAAAAAUAAUGGGGCAGAGGAUUUUAAAGAGUCUGGCCUUCAUACUCUUUUUGAUAGCGACUGUGACGGCCAAUCUUCAGAAGUUGAUGUCGUAGCGGUUCACGGUCUCAAUUUCAUGGGCAAGGACAACCACGCCCGAGAUACCUGGGCGAAGGGCGACAAGAUAUGGCUUCGAGACUUUCUUCCAAUAAGUCUCAAACGGGAUGCUCGUGUGAUGCUCUUCGCAUAUAAUACCAGCCCUACUAUAAAGCCAACAGGUAUCAACCUUGAUGACCACGCAGAGAAUCUAUUGCAAUGGCUUAAUAUAUCCCGACUGGAUGCUCCACAGAGGCCUCUUGUGUUUAUCUGUCAUAGUCUUGGCGGUUUGGUUGUUAAACAAGCACUCGCCCAAGCGAAGUCGAAUGAUUCAUAUAAAUCAGUUUUCGAAGCAACUUGCCUUCUCGUCUUCUUUGCCACUCCACAUCAAGGGGGUAAUCAUACUGGGAUAGGCGAAAUUGUAGCCAAUAUAGUCCGUAUAUCUCAAGGAAACAUCAAGAACGACCUCCUUAAUGCGUUGAAACAAAACUCGCCCGAAGCGAUACGACGAUUCGAGCAAGCUCGUCAUCUGCCCGACAAAUGUUAUGUCGUUAAUUUCUUUGAGGGGGAGCCAUACGGUAAGCUAGGCAUUAUUGUAGAUAAGAAGUCUGCAACUCUCAACCUCCCGGGGUCGCGUGAGAAGCAGGUGGUUUUACACGCAAACCACGGUACAAUUUGCAAGUUUGACUCCAUCCAGAGCCAAGCCUGUCAACUUGUACUACACACCAUCGCCACAGAACUAAGCCGCGCGCUUGAGAACCUCCAGAAUAGCAGUCUCAAUCAUGAUGAUACGCGGUUUCGGGAAGAAGAUGAUAAAUGUUUGAUGGACUUGAGAGUGACCGACCCUCGCGACGAUAAAACCCGCAUUGAGCGCGACAAAGGGGGGUUAUUUGUUGGUUCCUAUGUCUGGAUCCUUGAAAACGAUGAAUUUAUACAAUGGGAUAAUGAUGCCAAGCAACGUUUACUCUGGAUUAAAGGCGAUCCUGGGAAGGGUAAGACAAUGUUGCUCUGUGGUCUCAUCGACGAGCUAAGCUCCGAUAGGUGGAGAGGCCCGAGGACCAGUGCUUCGCCGACUUUCUUCUUUUGCCAAGCCGCCGAUGAACGCAUAAAUACCGCCAGAUCCGUCCUACGCAGCUUGAUUUACCUACUUGUGACAAAUCAACCAUCCCUUAUAUCACAUAUACGCCCGUCGUAUAGCCACGCCAAAGAGAAGCUUUUCACGGAUGUGAAUGCGUGGGAGGCUAUGUCGAAGAUCUUAGGUAGUAUUCUCGAAGAUUCGUCUUUUAAAAAUACCUACAUAAUCAUCGAUGCGCUUGAUGAGUGUAUUGUUGGCUUGGACCUACUUCUCGACCUUAUCGUCCAGAAGUCACUAUCAUGCUCCUGCGUUAAGUGGAUUGUUUCCAGUCGUAACUGGCCAAAUAUAGACAAGCCUCUUAACGUGGCUACGCAGAAAACCAGUAUAUGCCUUGAAUUAAACCCAGAGUCAAUCUCGGCGGCUGUCACGGCAUACAUAUCGUUCAAAGUGAGCCAAUUAUCAAAACUACAAAAGUACAAUGAUGACACGCGAGAUGUCGUCAAGCAGCACUUACUGUCCCAUGCGAACGACACCUUCUUCUGGGUGGCCUUAGUCUGUCAAAACCUAGAGAAAAUAAUGUGA